AUGUCAAGCUAUAAACAUAAGUCUGGAGCUUUGAAAAGAAAGGUCCAGAAAGAAAAAUUAGAACAAUCUGCUAAAGGUCGCCAGGAUAUUAAGAAGUUUUUUAAGAGUAAUGAAAAAGAAGAGUUGCAAGAAUUUCAACCGGAUUUCAAUCCAGAACCUACAUCAGCCUCACAGACCCAACCUUCUUCAGCUUCAAUCCAAAAUGCUUCUACGUCUACUGUAUGUGAGGGAAGUAAUGACGAAUGUGCUAGUGCUGAUCCAAAUCUUAGUAAGGAUACUGUCGAUGACAAUAAAACUUUUAAUUUUGACGAUCCUAAUACGUGGCCUGCGGUGAUGAGUGAUAAAAUACGGCAGGAAAUAGUAUUGUGCUACGGUGGUUUUCAAGCUUUUCAGGCCAGAUCAAAAUCAUUUCCAGCUGACCCCUCAGGAAAACAUUUCCAUGAAACAUUGUUGUACAUGAAAACAGACAACAGAACAUGUAAAGCAAUUCCACGUGAAUGGUUAAUGUGGAGUGAAACAAAAAACAGCAUUCAUUGUUUACCCUGUAGCAUUUUCCAUUCAAACCAAAACAAAAGUAAACUUGCAAAAGAAGGUUUUUUCCCUGAAAAACAACAAUACAAACGAUUAUACAGGUUAUUUUCGAUGCAUGAAAGAAGCUCUGAGCACAGAAAACACUACCUAGAAUGGAAAAGUCUUCAGAUAUCAUUGAAAGGACAUGGUGUCGACAGCAAUCUGCAACAGAUUAUUAACUGUGUAGCAACAAGAUGGAAAGCUAUUCUUCAACGAAUUUUGGACACAACAAUAUUCUUGAGUAGUAGAGGUUUAGCUUUCCAAGGGGAAAAUACCCAGAUCGGUGAUGUUCACAAUGGAAACUUUUUAGGAGUAUUGGAAUUAAUAGGAAAAUAUGACGAAGUAACUCGUGAACAUUUAGCCAAAAUCUGUAUAGAAUAA